AUGGGAUCCUACGGGCCAUGUUAUAUAUACACCCUGCUGCCCUGAUCCUGCCAGUCCUACCUGGGCACCAACAUGAACGGGUGGAUCGUGUACCUGGCGACUGCGGCCGCAACCUUGGCACUGGUCCAUUCGCUACGGUGUUACACGUGCGAUGAUUAUACAGCGAGUAAAGAUUGUUCUUCUGUCAAAAACUGCUCAGUCACUACGAGAUACUGCAAAACUGCAGUCAAAAGCCCCGGCGUAGGUUACCCUUUCAAUGGGAAUGAGGAGGUGCGGCGAGUGUGCGCAGAGAGCUGUGAGCAGACAGAUGAGGACACCCUGGGGAACGACGGACCUACUUUUUGCUGUAACUCCGACCUGUGCAAUAACCGAGGCCUUUACUCCCAUUCCAACUCUCUGGCUGCCGCCGUGCAGAGCCUUGUAGUUCCGAUACUGACCGUAACUGUAAUGAGAAUAUGUUUAUAACCGGGGCCUCAUUCAAGUACUUGGUCGGGGCCCCUCUUUUCUUCCUGCCAUUCUUCAGUCUUUAAGCAACUAAAUAUUUCAGUGUAAUAUAUUUUAUUUAAAAAUUGCAAUAAAAGAGCAAAUUAAAUAAAAACAGA